AUGGCUGCCCCUGGGGCGGAGGCGCGGCGCGGCGACAUUCGGUCUCUCGUGCUUGCCCCCGCUGGGCCGGCAGGGCGCAUGUCCCAUGUCUUUGUGCUCGGGGAAUCGGGCGGCAACGGGACGAGCGCAGCAGAGGUUGCGCUGGCUCAGGAGGAGCGCCGCCAUGGGGACCUGCUGCUGCUGCGCGUGCGCGAGAACAUGAACGCGGGCAAGACGCUCGAGUACUUUGUCGCGGUGGCGCACUGCUGGCGUGCCGCCGCCGCCCCUUCGUGGGUGGCAAAGGCGGACGACGACUCGUUUGUCAAUCUCCCCGUGCUACUGCGAGCGCUCGAGCCGCUUCGUGGCGUGCGCGACGGGCAGUUUGGCGUGCGGAUCGUCGGGGCCGACCGGGUCGUCCUCGACUGCGCAUACAAUAGCCGGGAGCUCGCGCCGAUGUGCGGUAGCUGCGAGCCAGAGAACGGCGCCUACCGCGUGGACGCGGCCGACCGCCGCUUCUGCAAGUGGGCGGGCCAGCUGUACGGCUUCACGACGGACGUGGUUCGGUGGAUCGCCGCGAGCGCGCCCGCUCUCCGCGCGAGCCGCAUGGGCCUGUACGCCGGCCACGAGGAUGCCGUGGCGGCACGCUGGCUGCGGCUCGGCCACCGCGGCAAGAGGGCGUUUGCCAUCGGCCCGUCGAUCAGCCUGCCGGGUUGGAACCGGCUGUGGGCGAACGGCAGCCGCAGGGCCGGCUUCGAGCCGAGCUGCCAGAACUGGUGGCAGCGCGCCGUGGUGGUCCACCGCCUCAAGCUCGACCGCGACCUGCGGAUGGUGGCCGCCUGCGUGGAGCGGCACGGCAGGGGGCGCCGACCACUGCGCUCCUGCGCCGCGCCCGCGCGGAGCGGCGAGCGGCGAGCGGCGGUGGAGGAGAGGGAGGCGCUACCAAGGCGGGUGCCAGGCGCGCGGUACGUGAGGAGAGUAGGGGACUGGGUGUGGAGAGAGAAGGCACGGGUGGGCAAGUCCUCAUUCGGACAUUGA